UGGUGUUACACCAAAACAAACAACUUGCUAACAAGUCGGGGUGCGCCGUUCCGGCUUUGAUUAAUUAAUUUAUUCUUAUUUAUUUGACCAUAUAAUAUCGCACAAUUGAAUCUAUAAUAUAAUUUUACUGUGGUGGACUUUAUUGUACUUAGUAAUUUGUUCAUAAUGAGGGCUGCGAAAUUCAUUUUAACCUUACAACGUUCUAGUCUUUCAUGCUGCAGAAACAUUCACCAAACUUACUCCAGUAUAACGAAUAAUUUCAGACCUAACGCCCAAAUUUUGGAUGGGCGGAAAUUAGCAAACCAGAUUCUCACAGAGGUCAAGUCUGACACCGACCAAUGGUCAAAUUUGGGACAUCGAAGACCUCACCUGACUGCAGUACUUAUCGGAGAGGAUCUUGCAAGCCGAAUCUAUGUGAGAAACAAAAUCACUGCGGCUAAUUUCGUUGGAAUCUCAACAAACACUGUCAAAAUGUCUGAAAGCGUAUCCGAGAAUGAAGUGUUAGAAGUGGUCUCAAAAUUGAACUUGGACCCCAACGUAGAUGGAAUUCUAGUCCAGCUGCCUUUGCCAGAUCAUGUUUCGGAAAGAAGCAUUUGCAACGCAGUUGUCCCUCACAAAGACGUUGAUGGAUUCAACACCGUGAACGUUGGCCGACUUUGUCUAGAUAUGAGCACAUUUGUCCCCUGCACUGCUCUAGCAGUAAUGGAGCUUUUAAAGAAGUCUGGAAUUAAAACCAAAGGGAAAAAUGCUGUUGUUUGUGGACGGUCAAAAAAUGUAGGACUGCCAAUUGCUCUACUCUUGCAUUUUGAUGGAUCAGGAGAAUUAGGGGGCAUGGAUUCGACAGUGACGUUUUGCCAUCGAUAUACACCCCCUAAGGACUUGAUGAACCACACUAGAGGUGCCGACAUUUUAAUAGCAGCUGCAGGUGUUCCAAAACUCAUUACCGCCCACAUGGUCAAACCGGGAGCAUGCGUCAUCGAUAUUGGCAUGAAUCGAAUUAGAGACCCUUAUGGAAAAACAAGAUUAGUAGGAGAUGUGGAUUUUAAUGGUGUUUUGGAAGUAGCUGGUUAUUUGACCCCAGUUCCUGGGGGAGUCGGGCCAGUGACUGUAGCAAUGCUGAUGCGGAACACUUUGCUGGCAGCAAAACAGACUUUAAAGUAUAGUGUCAAAACUCACAGAGCGAAUAGAAGAAAGACAUCUAUAUUGGAACCUUAAUCAAUAAAAAUAUCAUUACAGCAUAAUAAUUUUAAAAAAUAUAACGGAUAUAAUGAUUUAAAUAUAUCAUGCUUGUAAAAUUCUUUUGAUUACUAUUUUAGACGAAAAAAAAUUUAAAAACGAGCGGAAAAUUGCAAAGAAAUAUUUUGUUUCAGAUAUUGAUUUUUAACUUUUCCAAGUAUAGAUCAGUGUAGGUAAACUACUAUUUAUACCAGUAAUGUAGUUAAUAAAAUUAAUUUAAUCCCGAAAAAUCCGAUAUGAUUCGUUCUCAUAAUGUAUAUUAAAGUAGAAUAAAUAAAACAAUAAAUCAAAGUAAAAUCUAGAUUUACAGUAAUAAUAAGUUGUUAUUAUGGAUAUUCAUAGUUUGUUUAAAGGCAACAGCCAAUAAUGAAACUUUUUAAAUUUAAAAUUCGCCAACAAUCAAUUAUAGCAAUAAGACGAGACAUAUAUAAUAACUUUAAAAACGCCAGCCUUCUUCAACUGAAAGUGUAAGUUGUCCUUUAUAGAGCUCCUCUAGAUGAAUUUU